GAUCUUUACGCCUGGCUGAGUGUCGCGGGGGAGAAGGUUCAGUCAAGAAGCUAGUCUCACCUGGUCAGUUGUUGGACUCCCGCGCCUCCUGCCGCUGGUGUCGCCCGUCGCCUCGCUCACACCACUUCCUCUACACACCCCGGGUUCACUUCUUGAAGAACCACCAGCUACCUGCCGCUAUUUCUUGACGAAUAGUUUAAGCAAGUAUCUGGAAAGUCUGUAGGUACCCAGUGGUACAUAAGUGGGUGCCAAGUGGUACAAUACAGUAGGUACCUAGUGGUACAAUACAGUAGGUACCUAGUGGUACAAUACAGUAGGUACCUAGUGGUACAAUACAGUGGGUGCCAAGUGAUACAAUGCAGUAGGUGCCAAGUGGUACAAUACAGUAGGUGCCAAGUGGUACAAUACAGUGGGUGCCAAGUGGUACAAUACAGUGGGUGCCAAGUGGUACAAUACAGUGGGUGCCAAGUGGUACAAUACAGUGGGUGCCAAGUGGUACAAUACAGUGGGUGCCAAGUGGUACAAUACAGUGUUACAGUCAAUACUAAGUGAUAGAGAGCACGCUGAGCAGUACGGUGGACGCUAAGUGGUACAGUGGACGCAAAGUGGUACAGUGGAGGCUACAGUGGUGCGGACCGUUCGUGUACCCUGGCACCGCCCAUCAAAUGCGCACACACUGGAGGCUCCAGCUUGCGAAGUGACGUCAUGAGUGCGGACGUGCAGGUGGGGUAGUAGCCUGACCAACGCUCGGGUGAGAACAGCCGACGAUUAUCAGUUGUGCGCAAGCGCGAGUGGCUUCACUGUGGGGCUCCGGGAUCUCACAAGCUCGUUUGAGGCUUCGUGCUGUGCUCUCAACAACACCUUGAGGCUUCAUUGCUCACUCACAAGGACCUCACAAAUAAGUGAAGCUUUAAUUUGUAUCCUCCCAUCAUGAUGAUCUCCGCCAUGCGCAAUCGGACCUUCUUCUGCCUCAGACUAGGGAGCGUGCUGAAUGAGGUCACCAAGACGACCUUUGAUGCAGCCAAGAACAUUAGAAUCCUGAGUAGAAGUCUGUCCGUCUUAUAUGGCGAAACCUCUGAUCUUAAACCCAAGGUGCAAAGCUUCGUGGAGGAGAGCGCCCGUCUCUGUCAGCCAGCGAACUUGCACAUCUGUGAUGGCAGUGAACGAGAGAUGAGUCACCUGUUGAACGUGAUGCAGCAGGCCGGCAUGAUCGAGAAUCUCCCCAAGUAUAAGAACUGCUGGUUGGCCCGCACUGAUCCCGGAGAUGUUGCUCGCGUGGAGAGCAAGACUUUCAUCGUCACCAAAGACCGAAGAGAGACCAUCCCAACACCCAAGGAGGGCGUCAAAGGCCUCCUUGGCAACUGGAUGUCUCCAGAGGAUCUGAAGAAUGCGGUACAGGAGCGUUUCCCCGGGUGUAUGGCCGGCAGGACCAUGUACGUAGUGCCCUACUCUAUGGGUCCCGUGGGUUCUCCACUCUCAAAGAUUGGCGUCGAGGUCACCGACUCUCCCUAUGUUGUGGCCUCUAUGCGAACCAUGACGAGAAUGGGCAGUAAGGUGUUGGAGGCUCUGGGCGAAGAUGACUUCGUCAAGUGUCUUCACUCCGUCGGCUGCCCUCUGCCCCUUAAGAAGCCUCUAGUCAACAACUGGCCUUGUGACCCUGCACGAACCAUCGUCACUCACGUGCCUGACACUAACGAGAUCAUUUCCUUCGGCUCCGGUUAUGGAGGUAACUCCCUGUUGGGCAAGAAGUGUUUUGCUUUACGUAUUGGUUCUACCAUUGCCAGACGGGAAGGCUGGUUGGCUGAACACAUGCUUAUCCUGGGCAUAACCAAUCCUGAGGGCGUGAAGAAAUACAUUGUUGCCGCGUUUCCUUCUGCUUGCGGCAAGACCAACUUGGCCAUGAUGACACCUUCACUGCCAGGCUACAAAGUGGAAUGUGUGGGAGACGACAUCGCCUGGAUGAAGUUUGACGAGGACGGAGUUUUGCGUGCCAUCAACCCCGAGAAUGGGUUCUUCGGUGUGGCUCCCGGCACUUCCAUGCAAACCAACCCUGUGGCUAUGAAGUCUGUCCUCUCGAACACAAUCUUCACCAACGUUGCCAAGACGAGUGACGGUGGCGUAUUCUGGGAGGGAUUGGAAAAGGAAAUCUCCAAUAAUGUGACCAUCACAUCAUGGCUUGGAGAGACUAACUGGAGUAAAGAAUCUGGCAAGCCAGCUGCUCACCCUAACUCCAGAUUCUGCACUCCUGCUGGCCAGUGUCCCAUCAUUGACCCUGCAUGGGAAGACCCUAAGGGCGUCCCCAUUUCUGCCAUUCUGUUUGGAGGAAGACGUCCCCAGGGAGUGCCUCUAGUGUACGAAGCCUACGACUGGAAGCACGGCGUGAUGGUAGGGGCAGCCAUGAGGUCAGAAGCAACGGCAGCAGCAGAAUUCAAGGGCAAGGUAAUCAUGCACGACCCCUUCGCCAUGCGGCCAUUCUUCGGCUACAACUUCGGCCACUACCUGCAGCACUGGUUGAGCAUGGAGACUCGCACAGACAAGCCUCUUCCCAAGAUCUUCCACGUGAACUGGUUCCGCAAGAACGAGAAGGGGCGCUUCCUGUGGCCAGGAUUCGGGGAUAACGUGCGUGUCUUGGACUGGAUCUUGAGGAGAGUUGACGGAGAGGAGGUAGCCGAAGAGAGCGCCAUUGGACUCUUGCCUAAGGCGUCUUCCAUGAACUUGUCCGGUCUCCAGGAGAGUGUAGAUAUGGAUGAACUGUUUAGGCUUCCAAAGAAUUUCUGGGAGCAGGAAGUGCGCGAUAUUGGUAGGUACUUUGACGAACAGGUUGGUGAUGACCUUCCUAACGAGGUGCGGGAACAACUCAGGUUGCUGGAGAAGAGGGUGGAGAAGAUGUAAAUAUUCGUUGGGAAUGAAAUACGGUUUACGACUCAAUGGCUGUGAUCUUUUGUUUACACUGAAUAAUGCAACUAUAUGGAUGAACUUGCCUUCUGAUAUUAUGCUGCCGUUUGAAAUAUAGCAAGAAAUCAUUGAAUAGCUAUCAUGUAUUUCGAAGAUUUCAACCCAUUCAAUUUUCAUAAUAUCAAAGAUUUUUAUAUAAUGUCCUUCAUAUCACUAGAUAAUGCAACAAAUAUAUUUUAUAUGUAAAUAAUCUGUUGCUCUCUUGUAUGCAUGUCUGGGUGAGCUGUGUUCUUGUUCCUGUAUAUCAUGGGAAAAUUCAGGAACGGGUCUUUUUUCUUAUUAUGUAUGUGGCAUGGAAAAAUGUUUUAUUUUGACCAGUGAAUAGCUUAAUAUAAUUUUUAUAAAAAUG